AUGAGCGGACAAGGUUACGAGUACAAGAGCUCCGGCACCAACAGCGAGGGCAAUCACUACUGCGCCCGUGACUACGGUAGCAGCGCUUCCAACAACAACUCCUACCACUACUCCAACACCGACGGAUCCUACUACUACUCCAACCCCAACGGCAGCACCUACCACAACGAUGGCAACGGCGGUUCUACCUACACCUCUUCCAGCGGCGACAGAACCUCGUCUGGCUAUGGCGGUGGAAGCUCCGGCAGCUCUGGCAAGAAGUGA